ACCAAACCUUGGAUUUGAGUUUAUGGUAUUUUGGCUGUAUCACAUUGUUCUUUGAAUCAUAAAACCAAAAACAGGAUUAUACUUUCAGCAUCUGAAAACAUCCAACCCAUAUUUGAAAGAUGUUUCCCUGGUCUGUAGUGUUUUCCCUGGAGCCAAAGGUUCCCGGCCAGCGUAGCCCAGAGGAGCUGGUGACCAACACCUUGAUGCUGGAGCUGGGCGCCGUGGUGAAACGGACCGAACGAAUCAGACUAGAGAAGGAGGCUCAGAGCCGUAGACGGCGUAACUCUUCCUCGGCGGACUACAGCUGGCUGGCCGGACCUCAGCCUCACGUCCCCUACGAGCUCACUCCAGGAGAUGUUCUGGACCUGCAAGACCUGUGUGCUCAGAUACCGCCUCAACAGUGUGGUCCGGUCAUUGUGAGGUUCCGUAAACUCGUGUCCGAGUUUGAGCCCGAGGUGCCGGAGGUCCCAAAGCUGUUCAGGACCGUCCUGCGAAACUGUCUGGACGAGCUUCAGGGGGACGCGGAGCUCCAGGAUCGGAUAAACCGUUGGGAGAAGCAGCGCAGCAAAAGCCUUUCCUUCGUCACGUUUCGAUCCAAGUUCCGCACCCUGGGCCGUGGGAAGGGAGGCUUUGGGGGUUCCCGCAACAACCUGCAGGAAGAAAACAAGUGGUCGGAUGAAGAUGAGGCGGCGGAACAGGAGAUGACCGUCAUGCGGUCCAGAAAGGGAAGAAGCUUCAGCAUGCCAGAGAUCACCCCCAUUGAGCAGGCGGCCCAGAGCUGAACAAGAGACAAGCAAACUUAAGCAAGAACAGAAGGAAGACAUGAAAAAAAUUCAGCAGGCCAGGAAUAAGGGAUAGACGGUGGAGAAGAAGUCAGAGAAGAGGAAAAAUCUCAUGCUGGGAGAAAUCUUGAAAGGAGGUUUUGUGCUUUUGUUAAUCAUACCACAAAUCACAGCUAUAGGCCAUAGGUGAUGGCCAAUUAUUAUUUACUUACAUAAAGUUUUUUUAGCUUACUAAAUAUUAUUACAUUAACUGUAGUUACAUAACUUAUUAAAAUAUUUUAAGGACGUGUUAAAACGUGUUUAUAUCCGUGUUGCAUUGUUGUGUUUGGUGUGUAAACUAAUGCUCAGCUUUGAGAAAAAUCAAAUGAGUCUUUGAAAAAAAUGACGUGCAUUGCAACUACACAUUACAAGCCACUUUUUUGCUGCACUGUGCGUUCAGACAGGGACAGGGUCGCUAGUCUCUUGAUAGGUCGUUAGAAGGCGUUCACUUUACAAUAAGGGGCGAAUUGUUAAGUGGUAAAUGCGUUAGCUAACGAUGAACAAUUUAGUUUUUCAGUAUUUAUGAAUCCCUGUUAAUGUUAGUUCAUAUCAAUAUAGUUAUUCAUGUUAGUUAAUGGUGCAUUAAUUAAUGUUAACAGUGACAACGUUUGAUUUUAAUAAAUGCUGAAAUUAUAUGAACCAACAUUAAUAAAUGCUGUAUAAGUAUUGUUCAUUGUUAGUUCAUUUUAGCCAAUGCAUUAUACGGGAUUGUUAAAAAUGCAUUGUUUUAGAUGUAAUGCAAUGUGUAUACACGAUUUAAGGUUCAAAAACGCUGUAUUUCCCACAUACCGUGCAUGUUUGUAUCUUCUCUUUGCUCCGCCUCUCUGAAACGCGUGGAUUUUUAACAAAGCUCAUGGCUCUGAAAAGCGAGGUGUGCUAUGAUUGGCCAGUUAACCAGUGCGUAGUGAUUGGUGGAAUACUGCAAGCGUGUGACGGAACUGUAACGCCUCUUACCAUAUUUGGAACAUCAGGUUCCAAAGCAAUUGUACUGACAGGUACGCCCACCUUACUUGCGUAUACAUUUGGGUGGUCUCAGUCAAAUCAAACCACCAACUGACGUAGAUUUGUGGGGGUGUGGUUACACGAGGCGUUUCAGGCAGGUCUGGGUGAGCAUUCGCUUUUAGAUAGAAUGCAUAUUUUGUUCCGAUACUAAGUUUCGCAAUUUUACGUGUCUAAUACAUGCAUGGGCAACUUAUAACACACCAAAGACACAGAAAAACACGUAUUCGCGCCAUAUGACCCCUUUAACUAAUUGUUAACAAAUAGCACCUUAUUGUAAAGUGUUACCAA